AUGAGUACCUUUUUUGAUGAAAUGAAGACUUCUUUUGAAGCUGUUCCUGUGGAAGAGUCGAACAAAAUCACCACUUUAGCUUUCUUGGAUGCCUCUGAGUCGCUAGUCAAGCUAUUUGAUCUUCUAGGAAACUCUGCCUUUACGGUGGUCCAGAAAGAUCUGACUGGUAACAUCGCCAAGAUUCGUAAGAGAUACGCCACGGCUCCUGCGGAAUCAGCUACCUUGCAAGAUUUGGUGACGAACGAACGUGGCUCAGGUCACAAGAGUGCUUCUGAAGGUCUUUUAUGGCUCAACAGGGGUCUACAAUUCACGGCGCAGGCGUUGCGUGAAACCGUUGAGAACCCAACUGCGGAAUUGACCAAGACCUUCACAGAUGCUUACAACAAAACCUUGAUCAAACACCACGGUAUUUUAGUGAGGCCUGUUUUCAAGCUUGCCAUGAAAGCCUGCCCUUACAGGAAGGACUUCUUUGCCAAGCUAGGUGCAGAUCAGGAGAAGGUUAACGCGCAGCUGAAAGUGUGGUUGGAAGCUUUGGAAAAUAUCGUUCAAAUCUUGUUGGCGUUUUUGGCCACCACUUGCAAGGACUUAUAA